UCUUCCCACUAUAAUUAAUAUUUCAGCUCUAUUUUCCUUUGGAUCUGUGAAGCAGCCGCCGGUGUCUUUGCCCACCACUUCUCUGUGAUCGACCUUCGAUCUCUUUCUCAAGGAUAUUAACUGAAAUGGCCGGAGGAUUAAUCCACCAGGUUUUGAGGAGGAAACUUCAAUCUCAAUCUGCUCUUCAAGCUUUAUCGUGGUUUACAUCAAGGAAAGCUAAUGACGAUGCUGGUUCUGCUGGUAUGAGGACAGUUGCACUCAUUGGAGCUGGUGUUACUGGUUUACUAGGUUUUGCAACUGUAGCAUCUGCUGAUGAGGCAGAACACGGGUUAGGUGUUCCGAAUUAUCCUUGGCCUCACCAGGGCAUCCUCAGUUCAUAUGACCAUGCCUCGAUUCGUCGCGGUCACCAGGUUUACCAGCAAGUCUGUGCAUCUUGUCACUCUAUGUCUCUAAUAUCAUACCGUGAUUUGGUUGGCGUUGCAUAUACGGAAGAGGAGACGAAGGCUAUGGCAGCUGAGAUUGAAGUGGUUGAUGGUCCUAAUGAUGAGGGUGAGAUGUUUACUCGUCCGGGUAAACUCAGUGACCGUUUCCCUCAGCCAUAUGCAAACGAACAAGCAGCUAGGUUUGCGAAUGGAGGAGCUUAUCCUCCAGAUCUAAGUCUCAUUACCAAAGCUCGUCAUAAUGGUCAGAAUUAUGUGUUUGCACUUCUAACUGGUUACCAUGAUCCUCCUGCUGGUGUUACGAUUCGAGACGGUUUACACUAUAACCCUUACUUUCCCGGGGGAGCAAUUGCCAUGCCAAAAAUGCUUAUUGAUGGUGCUGUAGAGUAUGAAGAUGGCACGCCUGCAACCGAAGCUCAGAUGGGGAAAGAUGUGGUGACAUUUUUGUCAUGGGCAGCAGAACCAGAAAUGGAAGAAAGGAAGCUGAUGGGCUUCAAAUGGAUAUUUGUAUUGUCAUUGGCAUUGCUUCAAGCUGGUUACUACCGCCGCUUGAGGUGGUCUGUUCUCAAAUCUCGCAAGCUGGUUGUUGAUGUUGUCAACUAGCCUCCCUCUGACCAAUUGGUGGUCAUGGACUAACCGAAUGAGCCGUUUUUUUUUUGGGUUGUGAAGAAAUAAGCUACUCGGUGCGCACACAUCCUUCUUGUUCUUUGCUGUUAAGACUUGAAUUUCUUUCUUUUAGUUAUCAUUUCCGAUGCAAUUUCUUGUGGUCAAAUACUUGAACCGCUGUUC